AUGGCACAACAGCCCCGGCCCGAGCGCGAACGAGACGCCGCGUCGGCUGAGCAGGCAGGGACCUGGGGCGAGCGAGACGCUGGCCUGCCUGAUGAGCGUGCUGCAAUGCGAGAGUUCGCAGAGCUACAGAGAGAGCUGUCCGAACUUUCCAGGGCAAAGUCGAGACCAAGGAGCCGAGCGGCAAGUCGAGUCACCACCACAAGAUCCGCUCACAGAGCCGCCUCACAUGCCACGACGCACGAUGGUGAGUCGCAGGCCGACAAUGCGGGAGUUGCAGACGAGAAGGGCGAAGACGACGACGAUGAGUUUGAGCUCGACGCCUUUAUUCGCGAGGGGCAUUUCGAGAAGCGAAAGGAGGGCAGGUCUGCUAAGAAGGUCGGCGUCGUCUUCAAGAACCUCACGGUCGAGGGAGCAGGCGAGACUGUCCAGUUCGUGAAGACGCUACCGGACGCGAUCCUUGCAACCUUUGGGCCAGACCUCUACCGUCUGCUGUCGAGAUUUCUACCAUUUCUCAGAUUCGACAAUGGGAAACGGCGCACCCUGAUCCAUGAUUUCACCGGUGUCGUCCGCGGCGGAGAGAUGAUGUUGGUCCUUGGCCGCCCAGGCUCGGGCUGCUCGACCUUCCUCAAGGCGAUUGCCAAUGACCGGGAAGCGUACGCCUCGGUCAAAGGAGACGUCACAUAUGGCGGAAUCCCGGCCGACAAGCAAAAGACCAUGUAUCGUGGCGAGGUCAACUACAACCCGGAGGACGACGUGCAUUUUGCAAACAUGAAUGUCUGGCAGACACUCGUCUUUGCACUGAUGACCAAGACCAGGAAGGGCGCAGCUCAGGACAUUCCCAUCAUUGCACAGGCGCUCAUGAAGAUGUUUGGUAUUCCCCACACCAAAUACACCCUGGUGGGUGACGAGUACACUCGCGGCGUGUCGGGCGGAGAGAGGAAGCGAGUCUCGAUCGCCGAGACACUUGCGUCAAAGGCCACCGUUGUCUGCUGGGACAACUCCACGCGGGGGCUCGAUGCUUCCACAGCCCUUGACUAUGCCAAGUCCCUGCGGAUCAUGACAGACAUCAGCGACCGUACCCUGCUCGUUUCUCUCUACCAAGUCGGACAAAAUAUAUUUGAAUUGAUGGACAAAGUGAUGGUCAUCGACGCUGGCCGUUGUAUAUACCAAGGACCAGCCAAUGAGGCUCGACAAUACUUUAUCGAUCUUGGAUUUGAGGCUCCUGAGCGUCAAACCACCGCCGACUUCCUAACUGCGGUAACCGAUCCGAAAGAGCGAAGAUUCAGAGAGGGCUGUGAAGCCAGUACUCCCAAGACGCCCGAAGAACUAGAACAGGCAUACAGACAGUCACCACUCUACACCCGUGUCCAGGGCGACAUCCAGGCGUACGAGACUCACCUAAGAGACACAGAGCAUAGCGAUGCGAAAGAAUUUGAAUCGGCCGUUCGGGAGGGCAAGUCCAAGACAGUGCGGAAGAAAUCCCCCUAUACCGUCAGUUUCGUUCGACAAGUCCAGGCCUGCGUCAAAAGAGAGUUCUGGCUUCUGCUUGGAGACAAAACGUCUUUGUAUACCAAAGCAUCCACGAUCAUCUGCAAUGCUCUCAUUGUGGGUUCCCUCUUCUACGGCGAGCCUCUCGACACCGAUGGUGUCUUCACUCGAGGAGGCGCCCUAUUCUUCUCUGUCCUCUUUCUCGGCUGGCUACAGCUGAGCGAGCUGAUGAAAGCGGUCAGUGGCCGUGCGGUUGUAGCCAGACACCGCGAGUACGCCUUCUAUCGACCGAGUGCUGUGAGCGUCGCCCGCGUCGUCAUGGAUAUCCCAGUCAUCUUUGUUCAGGUCUGUGUGUUCUGUUUGAUCAUGUACUUCAUGUCCAGUCUGGAUGUUGUUGUCUCCAAGUUCUGGAUCUACCUGCUGUUCGUCUACACCAUGACGAUGUGUAUGACGGCGCUCUAUCGCAUGUUUGCUGCGCUGUCGCCAACCAUCGACGAUGCAGUCCGAUUCUCUGGCAUUGCCCUGAACCUCCUCAUCAUCUACACCGGAUACGUCAUACCAAAGACUCAGUUGGUCUCUGACUACAUCUGGUUCGGCUGGAUCUACUACAUCAACCCCAUCUCGUACGCAUUCGAGGCCGUUCUGACAAAUGAGUUUUCCGACCGCAACAUGGCGUGCGCAGACGAUAUGCUCGUGCCCCAAGGAACUGGAGUCGAUCCAAGCUACCAGGGCUGUGUGGUCCCUGGAGCAGCCGUCAAUGCCCAUUCCGUCAAUGGCGCCGCAUACCUCGAUGCGCAGUAUAGCUACACGAGGAGUCAUCUAUGGAGGAAUUUUGGAGUUCUCAUCGCUUGGGCUGCACUCUACAUUCUUGUCACUGUCUUUGCGGUGGAGACCUUCAACUUCGCCCGUAGCGGUGGUGGAGCUUUGAUCUUCAAGAAGACGAGGAAAGCAAAGAGGACAGUGGCAGUUGCAUCGUCUCCUGUCGACGAGGAGAAGGCUGUUCCCAGCAGCGGGUCGUCUAGCGGGGUCAUUGCCACCAAUAGCCCAGGCGAGGCAGCAAAAGAGGAGGCAGAUGGCCUGGAACGAAUUUCCAAGAGCGAAAGUAUCUUCACGUGGCAGGAUGUGGAGUAUACUGUGCCAUACCAGGGCGGUCAGCGGAAACUUCUGAACAAGGUCAGCGGAUAUGUGAAACCGGGCGUCAUGAUUGCUCUGAUGGGCGCAAGCGGAGCUGGGAAGACCACCCUGCUGAACACACUGGCUCAACGCCAGCGUGUUGGUGUUGUGUCUGGAGAGAUGAAGGUAGAUGGUCAGGAACUCGGUCUUGAGUUCCAACGAGGAACGGGAUUCUGCGAGCAGAUGGAUCUCCACGAUGGCACUGCCACCAUCAGGGAGGCACUCGAGUUUUCUGCGCUCCUUCGCCAGGACCGGGAGGUGCCUCGCGCGGAGAAGCUGGCGUACGUCGAUACCAUCAUCGACCUUCUCGAACUCCGAGAGCUCCAGGAUGCUAUCAUCUCCAGCCUGGGCGUUGAGCAGCGCAAGCGUCUCACGAUCGGCGUCGAACUCGCAGCCAAGCCGCAGCUGCUCCUCUUUCUGGAUGAGCCGACGUCUGGUCUGGACAGCCAGAGCGCCUGGAGCAUCAUCAGCUUUCUCAAGAAGCUCUCUCGGGCGGGACAGGCCAUCGUCUGUACCAUCCAUCAACCAUCUUCCGAGAUUAUUCAGACAUUCGAUAUGAUCCUUGCCUUGAACCCAGGUGGCAAUACCUUUUAUUUCGGCCCAGUCGGCGAGAAUGGAAGUGCAGUCAUCGAGUAUUUCGCCGAGCGAGGCGUCCAAUGCCCACCCAACAAGAACGUCGCCGAGUUCAUUCUCGAGACCGCCGCAAAGAAACCACGAGGAAAAGAUGGCAAAAGAGUGGACUGGAACGAAGAAUGGCGCACGAGUCCACAGGCACAAGAGGUGCAAGAGCAGAUCGAAGGGCUCAAGUUAACGCGCAGCAGAUCCACCACGGCGCACCAAAAGAAGCAGAACGAGACUGAGUACGCCGCAACCACGUGGAUGCAGACGUAUGAGCUCACGAAGAGGAUUUUCCGGCAGUACUGGCGCGACCCGUCGUACUUGUACGGAAAGCUCUUCGUGUCUGUGAUUAUCGGUAUCUUUAAUGGCUUCACGUUUUGGCAGCUGGGCAACUCCACUCAAGCCAUGCAGGACCGCAUGUUCACCGUGUUUCUCAUCGUCAUGUUUCCACCGACUAUUGUAAAUGGCAUUCUUCCAAAGUUCUUUUCCAACAUGGCACUGUGGCAAGCCCGUGAGUUCCCGUCUCGAAUUUAUGGGUUCGUGGCUUUCACCACAGCGCAAAUAUUGGGGGAGAUUCCGAUGGCCAUCAUCGGAGCCUUUGUAUACUGGGUGCUCUGGUAUUUCGCCACGGGCCUGCCGACAGACAGCAGCACAGCAGGCUAUGUCUUUUUGAUGACGCUCCUGUUUUUCAUCUUCAUGAACAGCUGGGGUCAGUGGAUCUGCGCCUUUGCCCCCAGCUUCACUGUCAUUGCGAACGUGCUGCCCUUCUUCUUCGUCAUGUUCUCACUGAUGAACGGCGUGGUCCGGCCGUUCGCCCAGCUGCCCGUCUUCUGGAGGUACUGGAUGUAUUACCUCAACCCGUCGACGUACUGGAUCGGAGGGGUGCUGUCUGCUACGCUGACGGGGAUCCCGGUGGAAUGCACGGCGGACGAGACAGGGCACUUCGACCCGCCGCCAGGCCAGACCUGUGGCACUUACGCGGGCUCAUUCGCAGCCGGUGCUGGAGGCUACCUUGUUAACCCUACGGCGACAGCCGACUGCCAGUACUGUCCGUACAGCCUCGGCGAUCAGUACCUGGCAACGCUGAACAUCACCCCGCACGACAAGUGGCCUUACUUUGGUAUCUUCCUCGCUUUUUGCAUCAGCAAUUGGGCGUUGGUUUACUUCUUCAUCUACACGGUGCGGAUCCGCGGCUGGAGUUUUGGAUUCGGCUUGUUAUUUGGCAGUCUGGGUAAAGUGGUGGAUAAGGUCAAGAGCCUUGGGAAGAGAAAGGACUAGUCAAGGAUUUCCUAGAGAUCAACAGGAUAGACAGGAUUUGAGGGUCUAGACAGAG